AUGUUCAAAAUCUCUACUACUACUGUUAUUCCAUCGGGACCCACUACGGAACGAUGGUAUGGUCGGGACUUUCUGGACUACUAUUACUAUUAUGAUGGAGGUCCUUUUCCAAAUUGGGAAGUCGAUACCGAUUUGGUUUUUGAGAAGAGAACUCAGGAGUUGAUAGUUGAAAAAUCGAAAGAUGUUGAUUAUGGAGCAUCUUUUGUUGGAUUUUUUCUUAAUUUAAUUCAUUUAUUGAUUCUGACAAGAAAGGAGUUAAGAAAUAAUGUGGUCUUCAUAAUCAUGAUUGGUAUUUGUAUAUGUGAUUUAUUGGUUUCUUCGUGCAAUAUAAUUCACAAAACUUAUGAGAAAGUUGACAGCAGCACGUGUGGAACAAAUGAGCAAUGGUGGUUCGUUUUUAUUGAGUUGAUAGCUCUGGCAGUUCAAAAAUUCGGAAGGUUGAACUCUGCAAUUCUUGCAUUGACAAUGGCUGGAAUCCGAGCUGUCACUGUAAUGUUUCCUAUGAAUAAAGUAUCUGAUAGUCUCAUGAAACCAUCCUACGGGUUGAGAAUUAGUAUAUUUGAAUCGCUAGUUUGUGUUAUUUGGUAUAUUUUGUCAUAUUCGAGUUACAUUAUUUACAAGGGAACUGGUUUUAGAGAAGGAAGAGAGUUCGUGUGGGAAGACUCUUGUUAUUUUGCAGCAGAUAAGGGAAAUGGUCUGAAUGACUACAUAGAAGGAAUUUUCGUUUUCUUACUGACUGCAGUCUAUCUCAUCACUACUGCAACACUUCUGAUCACACUGAAACUUGCUCAGAAAUCAAGAAAAAAUUUGAAGAGUGACAAGUUGGUUUCACUGUAA